AUGUCGCAAUCAUUAUUGCAGUCACAACGACAUCAACAACAACCGUUAAUCGGAUACUAUCUUCCACGAAAAAAAUUCUCUAAACUUCGUUUUGAUCAAUUUUUACUUCGUUGUAAACAUUUUCAUAUUGAUACAAUCGAGUUAAACUAUGAUUAUCUCACACAGCCGAAUACUCGUAUUCCACAACUGAUAAUUCAUAAGCUAGAAGAUGACGCAUUAUCACGGGUGCUUAUUGAAAAACUUCGUUUACUACCGAAAUCGUCGACAAUUAUUCUCGAUGAAUUCAGUUCGAUAUCGAGACUAUUAAAUCGGUUUGAACAAUAUUCACUAUUGAAUUCAAAUCAAAACCUUUAUGUUGUUCCGCAGUUUAUAUGUGUUAGUAAGGAUGAUAAUAAAUUAAUGAUCGAAAAAAUGCUAAUAAACAAUCGAGUAUCGUUUCCUAUUAUGUGUAAACCUAUUCAAGCACAUGGCGAUAAAUCACAUGAUAUGAAAAUUAUUUUCGAUGUACAACAUUUAAAUGAUAUCGAUAAACCAUGUGUUUUACAGCAAUUUAUCGAUCAUGACGGCGUACUGUUUAAAGUAUUUGCUAUUGGUCAAAACAAUUACCAUAUAGUGCAACGAAAUUCUAUACGCAAUCUUCAUGCAUAUCCAUCUCGAGAGACAAUAUCAUUUCAUUCCAGUGAAGUUUCAAGUUCUCAAGCUGAUCAUAUACUUUUAUCGAUUGAUCCGUCUAUAACAAUAACAUUUAAUCAUGAAAUAGUUAAUAAAAUUGCUCAAACCGUGCAAAAUUUAUUUGAAUUAAAUCUUGUGGGUAUUGAUAUAAUUGUCGACAGAAAUACAGGUGAUUAUGCUGUUAUUGAUGUGAAUUAUUUUCCAGGUUACGAAGGUGUUACUGACUUUAGUACGCAAUUAUUUGAUUUAUGCCAACAUCUAUUACAUAUAUCUUAG